AUGUUUUCUGGGGCCAAUGGUGCCGCAUUCUCCGGAGGAUAUGGCUCUCCGUUUUGUCCAUCGAUGAUGAUUCCUUGCGAUAUUCCCUGUCCGCAACCUGUCCCAUGUCCAGUUCCUGUUCAAGUCCCUUAUUACAAAACUAUUCUUCAGCCUUAUGAUGUGCCGAUUCCACAUACAAUUCAACCAGUAGGCGUCCCAGUCCCUGUUGGAGUACCUGUUCAGCAACCCAUAAUCAUUCCUGUCGAUAGACCUGUUGGAGUACCUGUUCAGCAACCCAUAAUCAUUCCUGUCGAUAGACCUGUUGGAGUUUGUGUACCACAACCAGUAGGAGUACCUGUGGAAAGACAAGUUGGCGUUCCUUGUCCGGUAGGUGUUCCUGUCCCGCAGCCUUAUCCAGUGCCUCAACCCAUUUAUGUCAAACAACCAGUCGGUGUUCCGUACCCGAUAGAAAGGAGAUGGAGAGAUAGAAUGGAGAUGGAACAGGGAUACUAUUCUUCUCCAUCAUAUCGUCAUACACAACAUAUUGUCGAAAAACCAAUCAUAAUUCGUCAGCACAGACGACGACGUUGUAGAUCUUCACCAGUUCAACCGAUUAUAAUUCCUAUAGUUAUUCAAGCACCAGUACAACAACAACAACAACAACGAUUACAAGUAACGGAGUACAUACAAGAUAUUUAUCCACCACCUCAAGUAGUCACCGAACAAGUACCGGUUAAAUAUAUGACAAAUAAUAUAGCUGUACAACCACCUGGAUUAGUUUCUAUAAUUCCAGAUGCCAGAAACGUUCAACAAUUUUCAGCGACAUCUUUAAACUGUCAACCGGGAACAGUUAUACUAGGAAAUCAACGACAACCACAACAAUUUAUACAAAUGGUACGACCAGGUGGACUAAAUCCGUCGAAUCAAAUCUUUGCUACUGCCAUGAUUUCGCCCCCAACAUCUGGUGUCAUCGGAGCUUCUCCUAUUUUUGGUGCAUAA